CUGUAGUUUCGAGUUGUGUCAUCAGGUAGGAGGAAGUCCUUCUUGUCCGGCUCCUAGCCUCCCAAAGACGAUUUAUAUCUGAAUAAAACCACUAUUCGGAGUAAAACCAAGUAUGGAUGCGAGUAAACCACUUCAGGCAGCUGCCGGAGAUGCAUCUGGAUCAGAAGAGGAGGCCAAAAAGGCAGCAGCAGCUGCAGCCAAGGUGGCUAACCGCCUGCCUGAAGUUCGUCUGGUGAUGCUGGGCUGGAGGUGGCCGGGGAAAAGCUUGACUGGAAACACCAUCAUAGGCCGAGAGGAGUUUCGCUUGGAGCGAGCAGCCGAGUUCUGUGUGAAGAGACAGGCGGAGGUGCUGGAGCGGCAGGUGACUGUCGUGGACACUCCAGGCUGGUUCUCUGCCCAGGAUACACCACCCUCCUAUAAAGACGAGAUUGUGAGGGGUGCAUCUCUUUGCCCUCCAGGUCCACAUGCCUUCCUGCUUGUCAUCCCCGUGGGCAUGUUCACGGAGGUGGACCGUGCUCGCAUUGAGGAGCACGUGAGCCUCUUCGGUGAGCGCGUGUGGAAGCAUACGAUUGUGGUUUUUAGCUGGGCCGAGGUGUUGAGGACCAUUUCAAUCGAGAGGUACAUUCGCAGGGAGGGCAAGGACUUGAAGUGGGUGCUGGAAAAGUGUAAGCGAAGGUAUUUUGUCAUUAAUAACUGCAUAUUCGGGGAGCAUCCCCAGGUGGGACACUUGCUGGAGAGAGUGGAGAAGAUGGUGGCAGAGGAGGGUGGCUACUACAGUCUGGAGGAGGUGGAGAAAGAGAAGAAACCUCUGGAUGAGAACCAGAAUCCAGCCAGGGAGGUGCGGGAGCUGGGGGCACGGCCCAAACAGAACUCGGGGCUGGCUUUGUCCAAAGCCAUGGAGGUGGAGCCGCUUUCCAAUUAACAAGACUCUCAUGGCUGAUGGACCCACUAAACCACGACGAACUGAGCCUCCACCUUAAUGUACCGAUGGCAACGGUGCUUAUUUGACAAGAAAGAAAAAGGGGUUUAAUGCUAGAAAUGUUGCUGAACACAAAGCAGUUAUGGCUUAUUUUAUUUAUUUUUUAAUCAGACAUUACUGUGUGUUUUAGUUUUGUGCAUUCUAUAUGAUUCUCAACUUUUUUCGCGCUGUCCAAAGAUUUAUAUCCCCAGUUUAACACAUGAUGAUGUUUUGAAUAUUUGUUCAUAGGUUUGUUAUAGUGUCUUGAAGGCUGUAUGAUGGGAAGGAUUGGAUUUAAUUUAAUCUAAAAACAAGGAAGCACACGCUGUUUCACAGGUAACAGGCCAGCAUUUAGAAACCCAACACGUGCCCUACUUAGUCAUGGCGGAUAGCAAUGGCACAACUGCACUACUAAAUUGUUACUAUGAUAUUAUAUCUAUCUGUUGAGGGAAUUGAUUCCCAUUUUUUGUGACCAAACUAUAAAUGCUUUUCGUAUGCUACAAUGUUUAUUACACUCUCAGCAUAUGGUUUAAAGCACUUGAGCGGUUAUUGAUUUUUGUCUGUUGCCUUAAAGGAGUGAUUUCAUUUCCCUUAAAUGGACCUUUCAGAUGUUUAUCACUUUGUGGCAGAGGGAGAGCUGCAAUAACUGUUUUGAUAAUUGAUAUAUCGUUUUCAGAAAAGACAAAUAUUCACCAGUUUAAGCCCUGAGUUUUAAAAGUUUGCUGAUUUUCCUUGUUGAUACUCUGUAAACGAAACAUACUUUGGUUUUGUAGAACAACAGUACAAUGCGCCAACAAAGGCAGUGAAGAAGACGACUAGCAAGCAAACAUGGAUGUAAAAACAAUGCAGGAUAUAAAAUAUUUUAAUAUUAUGUCUUAUUUUUUGUUCUUUGCAUAUGUUUGAUGAGGAAGCAUUCAGCACAUUUUAGAGUACCUUAAAGCUUCUUGUUUUUCAAAAGUACUGAAUGUCAACAUAACUUCAGUUUGUUUACAAUUAAACUCCACAGUGAGUUUUUGUUUGUAGAAAAACAAGAAUGUUGGUGAAAACUGGUGAAAUCUUUGGCGUCCAGCAGGCAUGUAUUUGAGCCUUACGGACCACCAGAUUAAUCAAGUAAAAGGUGUCACAGGCCCAGUUUAAGGAAUUAUACAGUGGUUAGAUAAUGUAGUUAACCAUGUUUGUGUGACCCCUGUUGAAUAUCUGCAGUCCUACCUCUUGUUUUUAUGGUGCCGUAAAAUAGGACUGGUCGAGCUGCACAAAGCAUAAACAGUUGUAAAUCCAUGCCACUGUUAGCUAAGCCAUGCAGAUCAGUUCACAUGUCAUUUUCCUCAGUUGUUCUUGGGACUAGUUUAGUUUUAGUUAACCUGGUGAAAUGUGGGUGUGAAUCGGGUACUAAUAACAUCGUUAGGGUGGCUGUAAGUUUCAUAGACCCUGGUUGAAAAUUAUGUCACAGAUUAGUUCUUACUCUUGGCCCACUGGACCAAGAUUUGAUCUGAACGCAAUCACCAAGACGGUCGGAUAUAGAAAACCCGGCGAGGCCCUGAUAGCCGAGAUUUAGGACAGCUGACCUAAAGUCUUUUAUCGUAGGAAUGCUGUAUACUUAUACAUCCACUAUGACUGUUUGACCCCGUGUGGACAAAUACAGGCAUGUUUGUUGACAUUUUAUACAGAAAUAUGAGACAGGAAACAGGCCUGCUGCAGAGCUGUUAUACACUGGUCCCUAAAGGACUCAAUAUUACUGACAUGUAAUGAAAAAAAAGACUUAUACUUUUAAUAAACACAAGUACCAACACUUCUGAGGAUGUGGGUCAUAAUGUAUUUGGUAACUCUGUUGAGUUUUCAGAUCAACAUGGAACAACUAAUUAUUUAGUAUAUAAAAGGGGAAGAGUCACAAAAAUAAGGUCAGGGCGUAUAGGAUAUACAAAUACUGCUACUAGGCAUAAAACAUAAUAUAACCCGCCUUUGUAGCAGUGGUUGUAAUGGCGAUUUAGUUACGUUCCAAGUCCAGCACGUGAAUCAAGUUACUCUUAAGAAAUUAAUGAGUGAAGAACUUGUCUCUGGGCUGUUCCCUUUGUAGAUGUGGAGCAUGUCUUACUGGCCAACACUAUUUACAGAUUUCUUUGUAAAAGAUGGAAUUGCUUUAUUUUAAGAGCUGCACUGUGUUGUCUUUCUGUUAGGUCCAAAUAAAUGUACAUUUUGAUUAAA